ACGCCCGCGCCGCCGCCGUCGCCGCGGUCGCACGAGUCUUUUCCUAGUAGCCUGGGCGAUAGCUGAUGUUCACAAGGAUUGUCUUCAGUCAUGGCGUUGGGUUUAAGGUGCUUCCGCUUGGUCCCCCCCGCCUUUUGCAACUCUCUCACAGCCUUGACCAGACCUGUUUCAGAAGUUAAGCUGAAGACAGUGAGCGGAAGACAAAAUGACCAUGGGCAAUACGUGACCUAUCCAGCUGUACCAAUCCGUCAUUUUGCUACCAAGAAAGCCAAAGCCAAAGGGAAAGGACAGUCCCAAACUAGAGUGAAUCUUAACACUGCCUUGGUUGAGGAUAUAAUCAGCUUGGAAGAGGUGGAUGAAGAAAUGAAGUCUGUGGUGGAAGCACUGAAGGAUAAUUUCAAUAAGACUGUCAAUAUCAGGACCUCACCAGGAUCCCUUGAUCAUAUCACUGUGGUAACUGCUGAUGGGAAGCUUGCUCUAAACCAGAUUGGCCAGAUCUCCAUGAAGUCGCCACAGCUGAUUUUGGUGAAUAUGGCCAGCUUCCCAGAGUGUACAGCUGCAGCUAUCAAGGCUAUAAGAGAAAGUGGAAUGAAUCUGAACCCAGAAGUGGAAGGGACGCUAAUUCGGGUACCAAUUCCCAAAGUAACCAGAGAGCACAGGGAAAUGCUGGUGAAACUGGCCAAACAGAACACCAACAAGGCCAAAGAUUCUUUACGGAAGGUUCGUACCAAUGCAAUGAAUAAGCUGAAGAAAUCAAAGGACAAGGCCUCAGAGGACACCAUUAGGCUCAUAGAGAAACAGAUCAGCCAAAUGGCCGAUGACACAGUUGCAGAGAUGGACAGGCAUCUGGCAGUGAAGACCAAAGAACUCCUUGGAUGAAAUCCACCAGGGGCCAGCAGUACUCCAGAGCCCAAUUUCCGGUGGAUCCUAUGGGUGGCAAGUUGGCACCUCUCAGUGCCUUCCACACGGAAGACUGUCACUGUGCAGUUGUCAGUCCUUGUGAGGCCCAGCCUUCCAGUAGGACACCCAGACUUGUCCAUUCUCAUCCUCCUGUCCCCUGUCCACCCCAUUCUGCUCUGGGCCUUCUGCCAUGGGUGGCCCUCAACGAAUAUUUGCUGCUGACAGAGGGCCUUUAUUUGGGGCAUUUCCCUUGACUGUGACUUCUCCAAGCGACAGGACCAGUGGCAGACUUAGCACCACCUGGUCCUCAUCUUGGGAGCCUCCUUUUCAAACAAUUAGUUGGGCCCUGUCCCCAUCUUUGAACUCUGCUUGGGCUGAUGUGGGCCUUCACCUGUGGCUGGAUACCUUUGCUAAAGGCCUAUUUUCAUCAAACAAUAAAAUCUAAAUAAAUUGGAAAGAAUAACAACCACGAAGGAAAGGAUAGAGUCGGUCUGGAUUAAUGAUCCCUAAGGACCUGUAUGUAAAGCAACCAGAAAACUGAGUCAUCUUCACAUGUGCUCUUUCCUCUGCCUGGACCAUUCUCCAGCUGCUCACCUGGCUAGUCCUGUUCAUCCUUCCGGUCUCAGCUUGCAUAGCACUUCCUUUGGGAAGUCUUUCUUUUCCCGCUACCGAGGACCCCUGUUAUUGGUUCUCAUAGCACUGUUUACUGCUUUUAUCUGAACCUUAAUUGUUCUUUUUGAUAAUUAGUCUGUAUGUCUUCAGGAUCCUCAGAACUUGGCAUAAUGCCUGGUACAUGGUAGGCAUUCAAAUGUGUUGUGAAUGAAGUGCUCGUAGUAGCUGCUCAGUGAAUGCUGGCUUCUUUUCCUUUCUUUCCAUUCUUAAAAGGGUCAUUCUGUCAUUUUAUGUUCCUGCCUUUGUCCUCAACAUUUACCUGGUAGUGAGUCCCCCAGAGCCUGCCUGUUAUUGACAGACAAGUGGUUUGUUGUGGCUCAUCUUUGGGUACUGGGUUAAGAUAGUUUUUUUCCCCCCAAUAAUUUUUUCUUUCACUCAUUUGUUCCUUCAUUCAUUCAUUUAUAAUAUAGCCGUUAUGAGAGAGAUACAGUUCUAGGCAAUAUUUUAAAUCUUUACAGUAAACUCGCAAGAUGUGUAUUAUCUCCAUUUUACAAAUAGGAAAACUGAGACUUGACAAUAUUAGAUAACUUGCCCAAAGUAACAAAGCUAGUUAGUGAUAGAGGGUUUCAUUUUUCAUUGUCAGUCUCAUUUUACAGAGAGGGAAGAGCUCAGAGAGGUUAAGUUUCUUGCCCAGGGUUACACAGCUAGCAAAUGGCAGACCUGGUGGGGCCGGCCCGGUAGCGCAAGCGGUUAAGUGCGCCUGCUCCGCUGUGGCGGCCCGGGGUUCGCCGGUUCAGAUCCCGGGCAUGCACCGAUGCAUUGCUUGGCAGGCCAUGCUGUGGUGGCGUCCCAUGUAAAGUGGAGGAAGAUGGGCAUGGAUGUUAGCCCAGGGCUAGUCUUCCUCAGCAAAAAGAGGAGGAUUAGCAGAUGUUAGCUCAGGGCCGAUCUUCCUCAUCAAAAAAAAAAAAAAUGGCAGACCUGGUACUCAAAUUAAAGCCUGAUCUAGACCAUGUGCUCUGCCCUCUGCAUCCUGCUGCCUUCACAAACAGUGAACAGCAGCUGUGUGUCAGGUCCUGUGCUAUGUGCUAGGAAUACAAAAAUGAGUAAGCUGUGACCCCUGCCUUUGAGGGGUGCGUGGUACACUGGACUGAGUUGCUAUCUAUAAUGUCUUGGGUGGAAGGUAGGAAGUUCAUUGCAGUGCUUCCAAAUGUCUGCCUUUAGAGUGGAACCCAUUUGGAAGCAGCAGGGCCUGUCUGUGUUCCUUCAAGGCAGCGUCCAACUUCUCUUUGCUGUUGGUCUUCUCUCAGGUUCUGUCCCGUGCUAGAGGAAUAAGGGUUGUACCUCUCCCUCUGCUUGCAGUGGUGGAGCACACUGCACAACAGUCAGCGGGGACUCAAGGUCAGAAUUAGGUCAAAGAUGAACGAAGCUAACACAGUGUCCAGCCCCGCUUACCUGUGCUCAGUCAAACCCUGUUCACCAGUCCUGAGUAGCCAUCACACGAUCGGAAGUCAGCUGGGGGAGGACGGGGAUAGAAAUAGCAAUCAAGGAGCCUUUUUGGGGUAAGCCACAUGGCAGGGCUUUGCAACAGUCUUUCGUGAGUGCCCGAAAUCCCCCACUCACUCCAAAUGUGCUUCUCAAAGAUGCAGGAUUUUUUAAUAAACAGAGGAAAUGAUAAAUUAUGUUGUAACUCCACUCCAAAGGCAUUUGGUUCUUAACAGCCAAAUCCUCUGUAGUCUUUAAAUAAACAAAAACUUAUUUGGUGAACAGACGGGGGGGGAAAAUGAAAGAUUUUCUGUAGUUGGGUUCCACAUGUCAACAAUUUCUCUCCUGUGUGUAUGUUGGCCAAAGCCGUAUAUCAUGAUAAAUGAAUAAAGGAAAACCUCGAGCCCAGGGCAGUCAGACAGCUCAGCAAAUGGCUUUCAGCUGAUUGCUCUAUUUCAGUUGACAUUUAUCAAGGAGUUUCUCUGUUACUCUGUGUGUCAGGGCUGCAGUGGUGGCAGGGACGAGAAUGAGACUACCUGUUUGGAUGUGCUGAGUAAUGAGUCAUGCUGGGGCGAUUCAGUCUCCCUCCUUCAGUCUCUCUCUUUCAAAAAGAAAAGCUGAGUGUGGAAAUUCUCACACUUGCCAGAAGAAUUAGCCACCUCCUCUAUUCAGUUCAACAGCUUUCAAAGUCCCAUGAAAAAUACAGGCCAAAGAGAAUUUGAGAACUUUCUUUUCUGUUUAUUUUUGUAUUCUUUCGUCCGUGUGU